CUCGGGAGCUCGGUGUGCGAUGGGUGUGGGCCGUCUGUGUCCGUUGCCAACAGGAAGAGUGUCCUCCCCGGCAGCCGAUCAGUAGGAGCUCCACCAGCUGACUGGCUCGUGAUGCUCAUUUUCUCUCUUUCCCUGUCAACGCUCGCAGCGCUCGACGGAGGCAGAACUGUAGCAGUUGCUUGCCGUACGACGUCGCAGUAGGCGAGAUCGAAGGUGUCAUUAGUGCUCCGGUGCUGAACGCGUGGCACCGCACGGCAACAGACCAGACGCAGUGGCCAGAGCCAUGGUCGCGCUUCAACUCGAGCAGCGCGCGACUGCAUCUUCAACCGCCGUCCUGCACGCCUUGAUGUCUUCGUGGAGCGAUAUUGGAGACAAUGAACACCAGCAGCAGCGCCGCAGGGAGUACGCCUACACUGACGGAUUAUCAGCUUGCGCGUCGGCGUCGGCUGACCCGGCCAGUGACAGCGUGCACCAAACCGGCACUAGCUACAGCUCCAAUAACGCCGGCGACGGACCUGAAAAGACCCGCGACCGCAAGAGCUGGUUUCCGCGCUUUAAAUCCAACUGGUUGGGCACCUUCCGCUCCAAGCAAAUGUUCCACUGCUGUGAGUGCGCCGUAGUGCCACCGACCAGCGGCAGCUCGCUCUCGAGCCAGGCGGGCCGCUAUAAGGGCGCAGAAGGGAAACACUGCCGCUGUGGCAAGGACCAGUGGCACCUCGCCAAGUCCGUGGAGGAGACUGAAUACAACCGUCGCAUGGAGAUCAGCAAGGCGCUGGGCGGAAUGCGUUACGAUGAGGCCGUGCUGCGACUACGGAGCAUGGGCCAGUCCGAGCUGGACUUCAAGCCGUCGGAGCACAUGAUCAAUGCUGGUUCACCGACUCAACUGCGCAGUACUCGAAGCUUUGCUCCGGCUUCGUCUUCGGCCACCUCGAACCCGCCCAAGCGCGUCCGUAGCGUGUCAAGCGGUCCACUCCCUACGCCCGUCACGCGGACGUACGCUGCCCCACAAUUCGUGAAGUCCGAGUUAUCAACGCUGCCUACGAUGUCUUCUCAUAUGUAUGGGUACGAGAACCCAGCCAAGCAGUACGGAUCAUACGCUCCAGUGUACGGCAACAACGGCAUCGAGUACACGCAGGCUGCGCAGCCGCACCACCCGUCGGAGUACGAACAUCUCACGCCGGCACCUUUUGGCGACGAAGAGGGCUUUGGCGAGCUUCUGCAGGGUAUUCUAGAGGACGACUCUCGCGUAGCUGCGGGUGCGACCAUGGGUCUCAGUCCGAACCAGGCGAACGCGUACGCUGGGGCCCGGUACGGCUAUUAUACCGGGGCACCGGCAGUGAACGGCAGUGUAGCGCCAUUGAAGCGCACGAUGAGCAUGCCGUCGUAUGCCAUGACGCCUUCUAUGAUGGCCUCGCCGCCUCGCGAGGGCUCGGAGCAGGAGUACUAUGAUCCGACACGCCGGGCCAGUUUGAACCAGGCGUCCGCUUACGUCAACUACCAGCAGCAUGCCCCGCAACAACAACAAACCAUGUUGCAGCAGCAAUUCCCUUACCAACCGCAGCAACCGCAGCAGGUAUACAGUCGGUCGCUGUCCAUGACGCCGAGUACCAUGGCGACUGCGACCGCCACAUCAACUUCAUUUUCUGCAUGAGCUGUGAGGAUCAGCGUAUAGUAAGUAGUUCAAGUAGCUAAAUGGCCGAACGGAGGCGGGAGCUUAAGAUGAGACUCUAUGUAAAUGCAAGCGUGCCUGUGUGUGCGUUGUUUUGACUGUCUACUCCC